AUGGCGAACGCGACUAUCCGUGGCGCGCACAGCAUCCAUGGCACGAACCCGCAGUUCCUCAUCGAGAAGCCCGUCCGCGCACGCAUCUACGAGUCUCCCUACUGGAAGGAGCACUGCUUCGCCCUUUCCGCCUCGACCAUCCUACCCCUCGCGGUGAACCUGCACCACAUCGGUGGCCUCGUCGGUCUUCAGCGCCCCUCGCACUUCCUCUGUCUGCUUCAAAAGCUGUUGCAGAUUCAGCCUGAGGCAGAGAUCAUACAGGCCUACCUCGAGGCGAAGGAGUUCAAAUACCUUCGUGCGUUGACGGCGUUCUAUGUACGACUGACGUACAAGUCCACGGACGUGUAUACCUUGUUGGAACCGAUACUCGAGGACGGGCGGAAGUUGAGGUGGAGGGGAAGCGGGGGUGAGUUUGAGAUCGUACACAUGGACGAGUGGGUGGAUAUGCUGUUGAGGGAGGAGCGGGUGUGCGAUAUCAUCUUGCCCAGGUUGACCAAGAGGGAUGUGUGCGAGACGCGAGACGGGUUGCCGCCACGGAUCAGCAAGCUGGAGACGUCCCUGCUGAAAGUGGUGCAGGGAGACGGAGGCUCACAGGAAGGAGAGGGCAGUGAGGAUAGCGAUGACAGCAUGUCGGACGUCAAGCGGUGGAAGCUCGAACGUUUACAACGGGCCGCGAGGCUGUCGCAGAUCAGCAAGGAGCGGGACAACGCGCCUCAGCCGGACUCGACGAACGGCGAAGAGGCCUACACAUCCCAAGAGGAAUCUGACGACGAAGCGACGGCAGCAAGAAGGAGGCGAUUCAUCUCGCCAAGUCCGAGUAUUUCUCUCGAUCGACAAUUCCCUCCGUCCAAACACGGCGUGGAAGAGGACGAGGAGGAGGGCGGGUACGUCUCAAGAUCUCCAAGCCGCUCGCCGGAUCGAGAAGGAUACGUAUCGAGAAGUCCUUCUCGCUCGCCAGAUCGUCGGGCUGGUGAAGAUGGCGAGCUGCACGCAGACGAAGGCGGAUACGUCUCCCGCUCGCCAUCACGCUCGCCUGACCGCCCCUGA